UAUCCAUGAGUUCUCUUUUCCAAUAGUUAAGAAAGUAUCAUUUAGUUAUUUCUUUUAAUUAGUCAUAGUUUAAAAACCCAUCUAAAUCAUUGAUUGCACUUAGAUUAAGUGAUUACUUGCAUUCUCGGUGCUUUGAUAUCUCUCAGAACUGGUUCGACAAUCAUUUAUACUACAGCAUUUGUCUUAGGAGCCUUGAAAACUCCUAACAUCAGUAAACAAUUUGGUUGAACAAAUAAGUGUCAUCAACGACAACUCAGUAGACGAUUCGGUGAAACAAAUUAGUGAGUCGUAAACUCUCACAUCAACCACCAAUACUCAUUUAUGUUUCACUAAUUCUUUUAAAUCUUUUUUUUUGUUAGUAAACAUGACUGAACAAGUCCUUUUUGGUUUCAUUGGAGGAAUAUGAAAGGAGAAAGAAAGACCUGCAUGGUGCUACAAGAGCAUUUGGAUUAGGAAAUUGGAAAGAGCAUAUCGUACAGCUACAAAUCAUCUUUGGUUUGUUUGGUUUUUAGCUCGUCCAGUUUUGAUGUGUUCACUGAUUAUUGUUGAAGACAUUUUAGGAGAGAGACAAAGAGAGUUAACUAGUAAAGGAGAGAGAGUGAGUUUCACAAAACUAACUAGUAAAGGAAAGAGAAUGAGUUUCAGAAAACUGAAACGGAAGCUUUUGGGUUUAGCGGUAAUAAAGACUUUACACAGACAGAAAGUAUGUCUCAUGUGACAAGUGCCGUAAAAUGUAACCGAAUUCUUGAAAUUUGUCUCUGAACAUAAUUUUCUCAAACCUUAUGCAUACCAUGAUGUCCAAAAUAUCUUAUCAAUGUUGUAUUGUCCACAAUUAAUAUAUUUUAACUCAUAAUCAAAAUUGUAAGUUUUGUGAGAGAGAGAGAGAGAGAGAGAGAGAGAGAGAGAGAGAGAGAGAGAGAGAUAGAUAGAUAGAGAGAGAGAGAGAGAGAGAUUUAGCUUAGAUGUGAGAUGAUUUGAAAACAAUAGUUUUGAACACUUCUGUGGGGCCAGGAUACCUCUGUAUAAUUAAAAAAAAAAAAGCAUAACAAAACGGUAGGACUAUAAACUGGUCUGAUCAGUUUUCUCAUGACUUAAGAGUCACCAGUUGUUUGUUAUUAAUAUUGUUCGUCUCAUCGGUUUCAGCUUUGUUUUACUUUUGAAAACUGGUAAUUAAAUAUAUUAUAAAAGUCCAAAAACGUUUCUUAACCUUCUUUCCAUUAAAUAUAAAUAGGUAUGGGAUUGUACUAUCAGCAAUCAAAACACAAUUUCGAUAAAGACUCAUAUAUUUGAAGAAAUCUAUAUUCUUUUUUUCCUUAUCUCAUAAUGUCUAUUAAACAUGUUUUUUUCUCAAUGGUGGUUGUGUGUGUUGUAGUCUCUGCCAAUGCUCAACUACCCCAGUUUCCCAUCUCAUUUCCUUUUCCACUCCCAUUCCAACCAAGUCUCGGCAUUCCCGGAUUACCUGAUGUGGCAAAAUGUUGGUCUUCAUUGAUGGAUAUUCCAGGAUGCAUUAUAGAGAUUUACACAUCUAUACUCACAGGACCAUUUGGACAUAUAGGUCCCUCUUGUUGCAAAGCAUUUUUGGAAGCAGAAGCCAAUUGCUUACCGAAACUUCCAUUCAUUCCACUUUUUCCUCUCAAAGAACAAUGUUCAAAAAUUUCUAGCGCAGCUCCUCCUACCACAAAAUAGAGUUUCAAAUUAAUAGAAGUAAUAGCUAUGUCGUUUUUAUUUUCAAUGUAUUUUAACAUUUUAGCUAAAUUCUACGAUGUUAUCCUCCAAAAAUACGAAUAUGUAAACAUAAUUUUAGAAGUAAAAAAACUUCCAGCAUUUACUUCUAAAUUAACCAUGUGGUUCAUGCCUGUGAAGAUUCUCAACCAAUCUUAAUUAAUAAACAUAUUUAAAUUAUACUACAAACUAAACAGUACAAUUUGAUAUAUGAGAAAGUACAUGGAUGCGUCUACACAAUAAAUAUAAAUAAAAACAUUCAGAAGGAUCGAUUUAAGAUAUGAGUUUCAUUUUACGACAAAUCCUAUAAAGUCUAUUCAUAAUUUUCUUAUAAGCUGUACAAGUUUCCUUUAUUUCGUCUGUUUAUUUUUUGUUUCAUAAAAAAACAUUUUUGUAUUGCGAAAUUAGGCAGUAUAGCCACAAAACAAAAGAUAAUUAAGUAUAUAACCAAAAAAAAAUACCUCCAUUAUUUCUGAAAUAUAUAUUAUAUUGCCCUUGUCAUCCGGUUAAUGUUAAAUCAAAAUAUCUUCUUCUUUUUCAUUUAUCAAUUACCAUUACUCUUCUUCCAUCUCCAUUAUCUCUCCUUCCGCCACCGUUACAAUAUAUUCAUCACCAACUUCAUGAUGUGUUCUGUACUUAUCUUAUCCAUAAGCACCACUUUUUUAUAAUCAAUUUUAUUUUUCCUAAUUAUUAUCACUUUAUUUAUAUUCACAUUCAUCAUUGAGUCGCCAUCACCACAAUCACCAUAACAACCUCUGAAUCUAUAAUCUCUGCUAGUACUGUAAAUUCAUGGUUGUACUAUAAUAUUUAAACAAUUUGUACUAUGUUAUUUAGUUUGUUACUAUUCUAUUUUAAAAAUAUUUCAUAUUCUGGAGGAAGAAUGAAAUCUUAGAACCAGACCAAGAUAGGGAUCCUUAUCCCUCGAUAAUAUGAUAUAUUUGGAAGGCUCGUAAUGAUAAACUUUUCAGGGGAAUAGACAGAGACCCAUUGGAACUAGUUCGAUAUGCAGAAAGUGAAUGUCAAGCCUGGUUUAAUGCAAACGACAGAAUACCACCAGUAGUACAGGUCAGCAAUAAUGAGGAAAGCCAAACCUUAAGCUUGGGUAAUAUUUGCCUAAUAGAUGGAUCUUGGACAGCUUAUGAUCGCUUUAGUGGAUGUGGAUGGGUCUGGAUAGAUAGCGGGGAGAACACACAGCUUAUGGGAACACAUAAUUUCGCGAGAUGUGAAUCAGCAUUGCAUUCGGAGGUAGAAACACUGCGAUGGGCGAUGGAGAAUAUGCUUCAACACUCGCCAUGCCAGAGCUUUGGAACAGAUUGCAAGGAGCUGAUUGCAGUGAUAAAGGAACCCCAAGAGUGGCCAAGCUUCACGACAUAAUUGGAGAAGAUAAAGAUGCUGCAGAUUUGCUUCCCGGACUUCAAAAUCACCCAUGUGCCACGAGCGCGCAACCAGUUUUCUGAUUUUUUGGCUAAAACUGCUAGGACCUUUCGUAGAGAGUUACUUUUCAUUGGUUGUUCUAUUCCGGUCUGGUUACCCAGACCACCUCAAGCUUGAGUAAUAGAAUAGCCAUUCGACGUCAAAAAAAAAAUCAACUAUGUGCAUAUUUUUAUAUUUGAGUUAGGGUUUAGAUUUGUUUAGCGUUUGGUGAUUAGUGUUUUGGGUUUAGUUAUGGAAGAUUUGGAUUGAAGUUGGGGUAAGCAUUAUCUAUUUCUGCAAUCAUGAACACUUCAAAAUUUGAACAAUAUAUAGUUGAUAUCUUGCAUAUUUGCAUUGUUUUAUUCAUUCAUCCAUGAGCAUUUUCAUCAUAUAGAUUAGGAUUUAGUCAUGUGUAGGUUGCAUUUUGCAUUCAUUGUCCUUAUUAGGUGUUGGAGUGCCACAUGGAGUUCUUCGGGACAUUUGGAUGCAUUUGGAGCUUAAAGGACGUGAAACAGGUGAUCAUUGGACGAGCAGAGCAUGGGAGCGAGGUUCCGCAGCGACGUCAUGAGGUCGCUCCAAAGCACCUCUCAGAGCGACCUAGCUAGAGCGACCCCAUGAAGUCGCUCGCCAUAUUUCAUCCCGUUGGAAGCCCAGAGCGACUUGCCCAAAGCGACGCACCGAGGUCGCUCGCAUCUCACACCCCUCUCGGAGCGACCUCCCAAAGCGACACCCCGAGGUCGCUCGCAUCUCUAUGGCGAGACGACAAGAAGCGAAGCCCGGAGCGACCUCUCAGAGCGACCCACUGAGGUCGCUCCCGAAGGCCGGAGCGACUUGUCGGAGCGACAUGCCGAGGUCGCUCCGCGUCUAUUGUUGGGUCGAUUUCUAUUUUACUUAAGGGCCUUUUGGUCAUUUCAUUAUGCACGUUUUACCCUUCUAAAAAACCUAAGUUAAGUACUUUUGUAAGCCAUUGGAGGCAAGAUAAUCUCUUUUCUAGAGAAGAACUAGUAAAAAACCUCUUUUGAUUCAGAUUU